AUGACGGCAGAUAGACUUUCCUUUCGAGUCGCGCUAUGCACAUGCAUGCUCCUGAUCAGCGCCGCACGCGGGCAAGGUGACGUCGAAACAGCCGCUACUACUGCCCCACCGAUACCGAAACACAGGGGCACUUCCAAGCCUGGGCCCGUCUACUAUGGCUCACCAGACCUCCUUUCCAACCCGCACAAAUCUUCCGGCUCGUCUAAAUCUGGACCGUUGAAAUCUGGGCCGUCAAAAUCCGGGUCCACGAAGCCUGGUAACCCGGUAUCCGGAGGCACCCCGACAGCGGGACCGCGAUGCGUCAAUCGCUUUCCCUCCCGCCCGCUCUGCAAGUUUGUCGACAGCCUCCGCGCGGCCGGCACGGGCGGCAAGGCUGGGACGGCCGGCACAGGCGGCACGGGCGGCAGGAUGGAGCUCGUGGACGGCACAAGCGGGAAGAUUCUCCGAAUCGGAGUGUAUCAGAUCCGGCAGAAGUUUCACCGAGAUCUGCCGCCCACGAAGCUGUACGCGUUUGGGACGAGCCGCGCGCGCGCGUCGUUUCCGGGUCCGACUAUAAUGGCGAGGAAGGGCACCAUGACUAAGUGCCCUUCCGGCAAGGAGGCCACGCACACAGCUCCUACUCCGGCCACCCCCAGGCGUGGUUCACACAGUACGGCGAGCUCGGCCCUGCCUUGUCCUCCCUUCCCCAAAUCUCCACCUUUUCCAUCCCGCCCAUGCCCCAACUCCCCUUCCCUCCCUGCAGUGCCCUUCCGGCAAGGAGGCCACGCGCACAGCUCGUAUUCCGGCCAUCCCCAGGCGUGGUUCACUCAGUACGGCGAGCUCGGCCCUGCCCUCUCCUCCCGAUCCUCCACCCGAACCUCCCGUGCCUCCCGAACCUCUCCACUUCCCUCCUCCUCCUCUUCUCCCUCUUCCGGAGGCCCUGAGGCCCCUCAAGAGCAUGCAUACUAUUCGCAAACGUACAAGUAUCUGAACCAGCACUCUGCUGCUCUGCUCUGGUAUCGGGACCGCACUCAGGGCGUGGGGAGGUUGAACCUUAUAGCGGGGAUGGCAGGCCUGUCUGACCGUACCUCAAGGUCCAUCCAGCUCUCUGCUGCCAACGCCUGUUCAUUCCACACAAACCCACCUACUCCGCUGUCUCCCCUCCUGCUCUCCCUACCUUCCAGGCCGUACCUCAAGGCCUGGCCGUACCUCAAGGUGCGUCCAGCGCUGCACAGGUUGCGCCUGCUCUCUGCUGCCAACGCUCGUUUCUUCAACCUCUCCUUUGUCUGCGCCGAUCGCCGCGACUACCCCAACUUCUACCCUCCUUUAAAAGGGAGCAAAGUGAAAUUUGCCCAGAUAAGCAGUGAUGCAGGUUAUCUCGUCCGCCCAUCCUACGUCCGCUCCCUGCUACUUGCACCAGGCGAGCGAAAGGACAUUCUCGUGGACUUCUCCUCGCUGCCCUCCGUCUGCCGGGACGUGAUUGUAACGAAUUCGGCUCCCUCGCCCUUCCCUAACGGCACGCCUCCGGGCAGUCACACGGGGGUGGUGAUGCGGAUUGUGAUCACCCAGACGAAGAAAAUCGCCAGCCCAAAAAUACCCGAGAAAAUAUCGAACCCCCUUCCCCCAAUCAACCUGAACCAGGCAGCGCAGCACCGGUGGAAGAUGCUUGUCUCAGUUAAAGACGCGCAAGCUGACGCCCCUCUGCGCAUGCUGAUCGACAACAUGGGCUUUAAGGACGCGGCCACUGAAGCUCCCAGAGUGGGGACAUACGAAAUAUGGCACAUAGUCAACCUCUCACCCAUCGCCCACCCCAUCCACAUUCCCCUCGCACUCCACCGCCCCAUCUCCCGCCGUCGAUUCGACGCAGAGGCCUUUUUGGACGGGUUCUGUGCGUUUGAUCGGGCGAUGGGGUGGGCCAGCUACAGUAGAUCUGCCAGCAUGGCAGCAGCAGCAGGAGGAGGAGUGAAGGGAGGGUUUGGGUUUGAUGCGACGAGGGGGCCUGGAUACGCAUGGCAUAGUGGAAUUGCCGAGCUGAUGGACAAUGAGGCUAUGAGGCCAGUCGUGGUGCGCGCAGGCAAGUGA